UUACGGCAAUCCGUUUCAGAAAAAACAACAACAAAACGCAGAAACAAAGGUCUUUGUUAUUUACUUUGUCAAUUUUACUUCAAGAACGGAUAUGUCUCUUUUGUUUUCCUGAAGAAAGAUAUUUGCAAAUAUUUAUGUACGUUUUUAAAUUAAAAGAUGAGAGAACUAUGACGAGAAGAAAGUAACAUAUUGCAAUGGCAGGCUUUUUUUCCCAGUCACGAAGAAAUUACGAGCCUUUGGACGACCGAGACGAUAUUGAUGCCAAUUUACCACUGAAUUACAUCAUCAAUGACAACGCUGAUGAUGAAUUAGACGAUGAUGACGAUAAUGGGCUGUUCUCGUUCAGCAGGAUCAUAAUUUUGAUGAAAACCUUGAAAAUUCCACGCAUCAAUUUUGCAUACUUUAGCAUAAGGUUCAGAAGAAUCCCCGAGAAGUCCCGUCGAACAUGUCUGGACUUGUUUAUAUGUUUGUUUUGCAUGUUCAGCGUGCUGGCAAUCUGCUCGGGGCUAGGAUAUCAUGCGUUGUUUGUAUUGAAGCCCGCGCCAGUGAUUGAUAAAUCAUACCGAGCAUUUAGAAUUCCUAAUCAUGAAGCAUCGUUGAAUUAUGGGGCACUCCAGACUGCCAAAAAGAAUCACACGUCAUUCUCCAGACUGGACAUGAACAGAGUGAGCUGGCUGUAUCAUCUUCAAAGGUCAGGGAGAGGAGUUAAAAAUAACAUAGGUGACACAAAACUUGUAGGAAGACAAAGUGGAUUGUAUUCAGACUUGAUGCAAAAUAUAUUAAAACGUCGUAAAAGGCGUAGAUUAGUUAGAAGAAGACGGUCGGCAGAGUGGAGUCAAUAUUACCCAGCCUGGAAGAUGCAGGUCAUCUUCAUGACAGAAAAGGGUGAAAAUAUUUUUACAAAAGAGCGAUUGCAUCAAAUCCAUAACAUUGAGAAGAAAAUCCUUGCUCACGAGAAAUUCUCAGAAUUUUGUUAUAAAGACGGUCAAGUGAAAAACGAUCCGGCUGUUAAAGCCAUAAACGGUUGUGCCCCUUUGAAUUCCCUCCUCUCGUACUUUUUCCCGUCAAAAGACAAAACGGGAAAAGUGUUUUACGAUGGUCUGGGUGAUAAUAUGGAUAAUGUGGACAGUGCUUUAAGAUUUGCAUUGACAACAAACCAUUUUUAUUACUACGUGGAUGAUAAAGUGAACAGUUCCAAUAUGAGGAGUCAGUUUCUAAGAACUGAGGUUCUGUUUGGUGCUCCACUUAAAGGAUAUGGAACACCCUACACAAAAAGAAGUGAACAAAGUCAAAAGUUUAAAGAUUUUGUCAUCACGUAUAUCGACAUCCUGUCUAAAUCCUCAACAAAGGAUGUGUCGGUGCUGUAUGGCGGUCAGGAAAUAUUUGACUACGAGGUAGAGCAGACGUUUUGGAACGAUGUUAAGCUAGCCAUCUACGCAUUUGUCGCUAUUUUCUUAUUGAUGCUGAUUCUGACGUCAGGGUCAAUAUGGCUGACGUUCUGGGGUUUAGUCAGUAUACUGCUUAGCGCGCCACUUGCGAUAUUUUUUUACCGUGUUGUGUUCAAAAUUGUAGGACUAGGAAUUCUGAAUGGUGCUGCGGCUUUUGUUAUUAUUGGAAUAGGUGUGGACGAUGUGUUUGUAUUUAUCAACAUAUUCAGACAGGCUGACCAUGUGACUGAUCCAAGGCAGAGAACUUGGUACACCAUUAAAACAGCGGGAAUAGCCACGUUCUUUACUUCAUCUACAACAGCUGCUGCAUUUGCUGCUAACAUUGCCUCGAUGAUACCUGCUGUACAUGACUUUGGCUUGUUUAUGUCACUGAUAGUUGCUAACUGUUGGAUCACAGUGAUGCUGAUAAUGCCACCUGUCUUGUAUAUAUGGUACAUCUCCUUCCGUAAAUGUGAGGCAGCCAUUGCUCGAGUCAUUUGCUGCUGUCUGCCAUCAAGCAUGUGCAGUAAAUUGACCUUGCCUUCUGAUGUGGCCCACUUUAUGGACAAUAACCAUAGCAACCAGGUGUCCAUACCAAGGGAGACCACUGUUGAUGAUGAAGAUGAUGAUGAUGUACCCAUGCUUACAAUGGAAGAUUCUCCGUUUUAUGUUGACGGCACUGAAGAUGAACAGUUGGUACAUGUGGAUCCAGAUCCUCUGGUAGUACUCAGAGAUAAUAGAGCAGGAAAGACAGAAGAACAGACGGGGAAUAAACUACAAGCUUUACUUUACCACGGCAUGGCCAAACCGAUCAUUAGAGUCAGAUAUAUCAUUUUAGUUGUAUCGCUCAUUUUAUUUGGCGUGUCGGUGGGGCUUAUGACUCAACUGAAGACAUCCACAAAACCACCGCAGUUCUUCCGAGAGGACACCAACAUGCAGCGACUGCUUGAUCUGAAAUCCAAAUUUAGUGCAAUAGACACAGUCGAAUGCUACGACUGUUCGGCCAUCUAUAAUGUCAAUAAACAAACACAAAUCAAACAGACAACUCCAGCACCAGUAUCUACAGCCCAGACAGUCCCUUGGAUGGAACCCAUAACCAAAUCCGAAACCAAGGCUCCUUUAAUAUCAACUACAGCAAAACCCACCCAUAAAAUACCACCCACCUAUCAUGUGACCACAGAAAAGCGCCCCACCACGACAAGAAAACCUGAUAUUAUCACAGCAAAGCCCUGGGUGACAUUAGCUCCAGAACCAAAUUAUCCCAGCAAACCAGACCAGGAAACCAAAGUUACAGCAAAAUCUCUACCUGAGGAUUAUGAUGUUUGUAAGGACCGAGACUGUAGUCAUCCUAAAGAACGACCGUUGCUGGAGUCUGGCGCAACUGUGUAUGUUGUUUUUGGAGUGAAAGACUUUCAUUGGUUGGCAUCUGAUGUUGCUCAUGUUAUGUCAAGUAAUGUGGGCAAGUUGAAGUUUGACGACAGGUUUUCAUCAUUAUUUAACUUCAGUCAUAGCGGUAUAUUAGAGGGAAUGAGACAGUUGUGUAAACUGUGUAAGAAGAUAGCUGGAAAUGAUCGUCUAGUCAGAAAUGGCAGUGCCCAGUGUUUACCUAUGGAUUCAUUACCGUUCACAUUAAAGGCCUUGUUACUGAGCAACGUACAAGAAUGUCGAGAUUUACCAAAAGUGGGCUAUAUCUAUAACAGUCAGCAACCUGCUCAUGCUCUAGGUGCACUAACCACUGAUGGGACGGCUAUAUUAUGGCUGGCAUUUGCUUUUGAAUCAAAAACAUCAAAGAGUAAAUCUUACUUUGAGGCUUACAAAGAGUACCAGCAGUGGGAGGACUAUUUAGAUGAAGUGAAAAAGGGGCUGGACCCCAACAGUCCUUUAGUUGAUAUGUUCCAAACAUCAGAAUUCUGGCCAGAGGUAUUGAUGGAGAUUGUUGCUGUGAACAGCGCCAUCUAUGGGGUAGUUUUGUCGAUGGUUAUAUGUAUGGUAGCAGUGAUGCUGUUUACUAGACAUAUUAUAUUACUUCUGGUCAUCUUUAUUAGUAUAACAGAAAUGGUAUGUUUGGUAGUGGGGAUAUUUUAUGUCCUUGGCUGGGAGAUUGGCGGUGUGGAAGCUAUUUCUUUAUCAAUAUUGGUCGGCUCGUCGGUCGAUUAUUGUGUUCAUCUGGUAGAAGGCUACAUACUGGCAUGUAAAUCUUGUCCCAUUAAAAAUGAUGCUGGUAAAGCUAGAAGAUGGAGGACAAGGGCAACUUUCAGUCAUAUAGGCGUGUCAGUUAUAAGCUCCGCCCUUACCACGAUUAUUGCUGCAUUACCACUGACACAAACCACGAUUCAACCAUUUGCAAAGUUCGGCCAAAUCAUUGCAAUCAACACUUCAGUCUGUAUUUUAUAUUCGUUGACCGUGUGUACGGCCUUACUUAGUACGAUAGCACCGGCCUUUUUUAACCCCUCUUGGAAAUCGACGCUAAAAUCGGCACUCGGUACCAAUGUUGUUAUUGUCCUAAGUAUUCUUGCCAUGUUUAUUAUGUCAAAAGCCGGUGUCUACAUACCGGGACCCAACGGGGGCUCUUUAUUCCCGAAAUAGACAAAUAUGAAACUUUUAUCUACCUACCUGUUACAACUGCUCUUAGUUUGUUUUUUACUUAAAAACAUCUUUUAUAUAUACCAGUCUGUUUAGUAAAAAAGUUUUGUAUUUCAUGAAAAUUUUUGUAUUAAAAUCACCAUGACUUUUACACAAAGAGAUCUUUUUUAUGGCAUUUAUUUAUUCAAACCCACCUCUUGCCCUUCAAAAAUUUAUUUUAAGGGAUAUUUUAAUGAUUUAGCUUGGUUUUUAAAUUUAUGUUUAUUUUAAUUAAAGGCAUUAAUUUUGUUUAGUAGUCAUAGUUAUUUUGAAUAUUAAGGGAUUUUCUCAAAGGAAAAUAUUCCAAAAUUUUAUAUUUUACAUAAACUAUAUAGCAACUGUGUAAUAAAUCCAUUUAAAUCUUAAUAAAAACAAUAUUACACAAAUGUGAUAACAAUUUGAUGUGACGUCAUUUGCAUUUUAUACAAACAUAGCGUUAAAAGGCUUAUACUAUGGGCGCAUCAAUGAAAAAUGACUGUUUUUAAUUGUGAACCGUUCUUAUUUUAGAUAUGUGAUCAAUGAAAUAUUAUAUUCGUGUAGAUUAAACUUGUUGAAUAAAACAAUAUUAUGGUUGCUGUAUCUAUGAUUUAAUUCAACUUGUUCAAUAAUAUUUAGUAUAUCUAUAAUUAUGUUACUAGGUUGGCACUGUUUUAUUACUUUUCUGACACAAAGAUUUUACAAUGAUUUUACAAAGAAAAUAUAAUCUUGUUUUAUGUGAGAGAUCCCAUUUAAAUAAUUUUAAAGGUGUUCAGCUGUUUUAUUACAAAAUACAGUAGAACUUCGAUAAGUUGAAGUUGAAGGGACUUGUGUAAAAACCUCAACACAUCGGGACUUUGACUUAUGAUUCGGUCUCAAUUAAAUGACAAAAUUUCCAGCAUUCGAUGUUUACUAUCAAGUUACAAAAGAUGAAAGAAAAUGAAAGGGCGAUAACUAAACCAGCUUAUAAUAAUUAUGUCUAGUUUGAUUAUCAUGUGACACAGGGUCAGGGAAGUUCCCAAACAAAACUAAUGUGUACUAUUCAUUUUUAAAUACAACUACAGCACCUACGGCAAUUGGAAUAAUAACAAUAAGAAUAUUUUAUCAUAUGUGUGGACGCAUACAUAGGCUGUUAGAACACACGGCUGUGUAUUUAACACCUGUCACACAAGUUGAUCGAAAAUCAUCUUCGUGGCCAGAAAAGGUGUGAAAAAUGUCUUGAGAUCCAAGAUGUCAAAUUAAUCGAAGGACUUUUGACUUAUUUAAGGUAAAUUGUACUCGAUUUCUUCUAUACGGACCACAAGAAAAAUUCGACACAUAAAAUUUUGACUCAUGUAUAGGUUUUGAUAAAAAUUUAUAGGGGAAAAAAUUGGGACUUUCAUUCGAGAAAAUCAACUAAUCGAAGUUUGACUCAUAGAAGUUCUACUGUAUUUUGUUUCAAAUGUUAUUUUAUCAGCAAAACCAUACAAUUAUUUGUAAACAUGUAUUUUGAUUAAAAAAUUUAAUGUUAUAGAACAAAUUUUACACAAUACCUUAGCACAAUAGGUCUUUUAUACUUAUGUUUAAAGAAUCUCUUUUAUGCAAAUAAUUUAAAGUAGAUCGGUUAGUUUAUUUAUUUGAAGAUAGGGUAGAUGCAAUAUACAGUUUCCAAUUUGUUUAAUUCAAUUUAGCUGAUGAAAAUGCUCUGCAUGCCAAUGCAUUAUUAUGUUUACAAAGCUUCAAUGGACACCACAUAGGUUUAGAAAGCUUCAAGGGACACCACUUAGGUUUCCAAAGCUUAUAGGGACUCCACUAGGAUUUACAAAGCUUAUAGGGACUCCACUGAGGUUUCCAAAGCUUAUAGGGACUCCACUAAGAUUUACAAAGCUUAUAGGGACUCCACUAAGAUUUACAAAGCUUAUAGGGACUCACUA